AUGAAGGAAACUCGCAGGCUAGAGUCAUCUAGAUUCUUAACUAUCUUUAUACCACAUCUCUUAUUGUUCAUCUUUUUCUUAGUUCAUUUAACAUCUUGUGAUGAUUCAUUAAACAUUCCCCCUUCAGACAAAGUCCUCCUUAACUGUGGUUCAUCUGGAUCUUCAACAUUCAAUGGUCUAAACUGGAUAGGAGACAUUGGAACAAAUUUCUUCCAAACAUCAUAUGAUACAACUUCAUCAGCAACACUCUUACGCUCCAACUCAAACAAAGUAGCACCCAAAAUUCCAUACCUAACAGCAAGAAUAAUUCAUCAUUCUCCAUUCACCUACUCAUUCCCCUUCUCUUCUCCUGGCCUUAAAUUCAUUCGUUUAUACUUUCUCUCAACUUCAUAUUUACCAAUAUACUCUUCCAACACUAAGUCCUACUUUUCAGUCAAAUCUGGUCCAUACACUCUUGUUAACAAUUUCAAUCCAUUACUUGCUGCACAAGAAAUCAACUCAUCUUAUGUCACUAAAGAUUUCUUUGUCAACAUCAAACAAAAGAGCCUCAACAUCACUUUCACUCCAUCUCCUCUAAUUCACAAAGCUUAUGCUUUUGUAAAUGGAAUUGAAACAUUCUCAGUACCCAAUAACUUAUUCUCUCAUGCUUCAAAUUCUAAUGUUUCUGUUCCUUACCUUGGACACAAAGAACCCAUUUUUAUCAACAAUGAAUAUGCUUUUGAGAAGCUUUACAUGGUUAACAUAGGAACUGGAUCUUACUAUCAAGUUGUAAAUGCAUUUGGGUCAUGGCUUGAUGGUAUCGACUUCAUUUCUGGUUCACAAUAUGGAACUGUUCUUAUCGUGAGAGAGGAUGGAAUUGAUAUGAAUGAGAGUCUUCUCAAUUCAAAUGACAUUAACUAUUCAGCACCGCUCGAGGUAUACUUAACUGCAAGGACAAUGGGAAGCAAUGGAGAUUCAAACAUGAGGUACAAUUUAACAUGGUCAUUUUUCGUUGAUUCUGGAUUCAGGUACCUUGUUAGACUUCAUUUCUGCGAGUUAUCUAUGUUGGUAACAGAUGUUAAUCAGAGGGUGUUUAGUGUUUACAUAAACAACCAAACAGCUGAGGAAAAUUUGGAUUUAGUUGCUUUGAGUGGCGAACCUGUUAGUCCUUUGUAUAGAGACUAUGUUGUAAUGGUUAAUUUGGAAAAUCAGAGAAGGAAAGUUUACAUGUUGAUCUCACUUCAUCCCAAUUUGGAGUCAAAACCAAAGUAUCAUGAUGCUAUAUUGAAUGGAGUUGAGAUUAUCAAGUUAAGUGAUAGUAACUAUAAUCUUGCUCCAAGUUUCCAAUUAAAGAAUGGACUUCAAAAGGAGAAAAAACUUCCAAUUUUUGUUGUUGUUGGGGCUAGUACUUUCUGUAUCAUUUUGAUACUUUUCAUAACAUUUUUCAUUGUUAGGAGAAAAGCGUGGACAAAAAUAAAAAUUGUAAUUUUUCAUAUACUUAAACUGAAUUCACCUUCCAGAAGUGAAGAAAAGAUUCAAGGAAAAGUGAUAUCAGGUAAUUGUUAUCAAUUCACUUUAGAAGAGAUCACUUCAGCAACAAAUGAUUUCAAUGAAGAUCUUGUGAUUGGAGAAGGAGGUUUUGGAAAAGUAUACAAAGGAACCAUCAUGCUUGAUGGAGUAGUUAUUGAUGUGGCCAUAAAGCGCGCUAAGCUGAAUUCGCGACAAGGAUUUAAGGAAUUUCAAAAUGAGAUCAAUUUUCAUUCGUUUUAUCACAUGAAUUUAGUGUCACUGUUGGGAUUCUGUCAAGAGAGUAAUGAACUGAUACUUGUGUAUGAAUACAUGGCUGAAGGUUCACUUUGUGAUCAUUUAUACAAGAAACAGAAGCAACCGUUAUCAUGGAAUCAAAGACUGGAGAUUUGUGUUGGUGCAGCUAGAGGAAUCCAUUACCUUCAUACAGGUAGAACAACUGCGGUGAUUCACCGCGAUAUCAAGUCCGCGAACAUAUUAUUAGAUCAGAAUUUGGUACCAAAGAUUGCAGAUUUUGGAUUGUCUAGAGUGGUUCCUUCAAUUUACCACACUCAUGUUAGCACUGAGGUUAAAGGUACUUUUGGAUAUUUGGAUCCUGAGUACUACAAAAGAAGAAAAUUGAGUGAAAAAUCGGAUGUUUAUGCAUUUGGGGUGGUUUUGUUUGAAGUGUUGAGUGGAAGGGCAGCAGUGAAUCCUGAGGCAGUGGAAGAGGACAAUGAGAAAGUUGGUUUGGUAGAAUGGGCUAUGCAUUGUUAUCAAUGUGGAACUAUUGAUAGAUUGGUUGAUUCAUAUUUACAAGGAAAUAUAAGGUUGGAAUGUUUAAUGGCAUUUGUGGAGAUUGGCAUUCAGUGCUUUGCUAACAAGAGUGCAGAAAGGCCAAGUAUGGGAGAGGUUCUCAGUAAUUUAGAGAGAAUUAUGUCCUCACCGGAACAUUUGGAGAGGCAGGAAUUCCAAACUGUUGACAUGAGUUCAUAGCACAAACAUAUCAGAUAAUUCAAAUUCAAGGGGGAAUAUUCUUGAGAAAGUCAAAGCAGAAGCUGGGAAUAUUGUACUUUCUGGAAUUGUGCCAAUGUAUGAUGGUGCUGUGUCAAUAACAUUUAUAUGAUCAAAUUUGCAUUCCAUCUUCCCUCGUCAAUUCCAUAGAGUUGUUUCUUGCUUUAUUAUUUCAAUAAAGUCUUGUUUGUUAACUGUUGAGUCUACUUAUAGUAAUUUAAUUGAGUAUGAGAAUUUGGUAUAUACACAUUCUUCGCUGACAUUUUGCUAAGGUUUUGUUUGCGAGUUUGGAGGGAAAGGGAGGGGAGCAUUUUGAAAAAUAGAAAGAAUUUGGUGAAAAUAAUAGAAAAAUUUUGGAUAGGAGGAUUUUUAACACCAAAAACUCCAUUAUAUGGGAGAACUCAAAAAUUGUAUUGAAGAAAGAUUUUGGAGGGCUUUACAUAAAUUUUCCAAAUAUCUUUUAGGUUGUUAUAGUAUUUUGAAAAUUAAAAUAUACUAAUGAUAAUGACUCUUUUAUCAUUCUAAACAAAAUCAUUUUUUCAAAAAAUGUCAAAUAUUUUCCUAUAUUUUUUUAAAACUUCGUUUUGGGAAGCCUUCCACUCCCCUCCCCUCCCCUCCAAACUCACAAACAAAGCCUAAGGGUUUGUGUCUUAGGCUCCUUGUGGCCGGUUCGAAAAUCUAUGCGCGGUUUGUGGAUCAAUGUGUUUGUAGGUAUAAAGUUGAAGCCUAAAGUUUUGAUGACGACAACGAUGAUUAAAGUCAGUGGUAAUAGUUUUCAACUUUUUGAUGAUGGUGACCUAACUGGAGAAAGAUUUCAUACCUCAACUUUUUGAUGAAGUGCCUAUAUGAUUAGGGGUAAUCUAGCAAAUAAUUGUGAAGCCUUAGAUAAAGUGGAAAGCUUGCCAGGUCAUGUCUAUUUGUCUGAGUGACUCGAGUGUUGUAAAAGUAAGGAGGUAACUUUGAAGUACUAAGGGAACUCACACACACAUACACGAGCACGCGCACGCGCGCACGCGCGCACACAUACACACACACCUCUUUUUCAAACGUUUUUAUCAUGAAAACUAUUUUAAGGCA